CGUGACUCGGGCUGAGCGCUUCCUGCGGUGGUGCAAAACAGACUGGCGAUCUGAGGAACGGAGAAUUGCUAGUUUCUGGUAGCGGUGGAAGAAGCAAACCCAGUGAUGGCCUCAGCUCCUAUAGCACCUUACAACUCCAGUCCUCUGGGGAACAGCUCCAGCCAAAACGCGUCCAGAGAGAGCCUAAAGAUGGAGCCGCUGGCAGAUGUUGCAGUGCUGCCGGGAGAAGAGCGAGUGAUCGAUAAAGAGAUCAUCUAUAUCUGCCCCUUUAAUUCUGCAGUCAAAGGAAAGGUGUCCAUCACCAACUACAGACUCUACUUCAAGAACACUGACUCAGAGACUCCAGUUACCCUGAACGUGCCUUUAGGUGUCAUAAGCCGCGUAGAGAAGAUGGGCGGAGCCUCCAGUCGAGGAGAGAACUCCUACGGGUUAGAAAUCACCUGCAAGGACAUGAGGAACCUGCGAUUUGCACUGAAGCAAGAAGGCCACAGCCGAAGAGACAUAUUUGAGAUUCUUUUCAAAUAUGCUUUCCCACUGUCUCAUGGAAUGCAACUCUUUGCCUUUCUGAGUCAGGAAAAGUAUGAGGAGAAUGGCUGGAACGUUUAUGAGCCUUUGGAAGAGUACAGGAGGCAGGGUCUACCCAAUAGUGAGUGGAGGGUCACUUUCAUCAAUAAGAACUACGAGCUGUGUGACACUUAUCCCACAAUUCUUGUUGUUCCAUACAAGGCCACAGACGAAGAUCUUAGAAGAGUCGCUACCUUCCGUUCCCGCUGCCGCAUUCCGGUGUUGUCGUGGUUCCAUAAAGAGAACCAUGCUGUGAUCACGCGGUGUAGCCAGCCUUUGGUGGGCAUGAGCGGCAAGCGCAACAAAGAUGAUGAAAGAUAUUUGGACAUCAUCCGUGAGACCAACAGCACUAUCAAACUCACCAUCUAUGACGCCAGGCCUAACGUCAACGCUGUGGCAAACAAGGCCACGGGUGGGGGUUACGAGGGCGACGAUGCCUAUCAGAACGCUGAGCUGGUCUUUCUAGACAUCCAUAAUAUCCAUGUCAUGAGAGAGUCACUGAAGAAGCUAAAGGACAUUGUCUACCCCAAUGUGGAGGAGUCUCAUUGGCUCUCCAGCCUGGAGUCCACCCACUGGCUAGAGCAUAUUAAGUUGGUGCUAUCAGGGGCCAUCCAGGUGGCUGAUAAGGUGUCUUCUGGGAGCUCUGUGGUGGUGCACUGCAGUGAUGGCUGGGACCGCACAGCUCAGCUCACCUCUUUGUCCAUGCUGAUGCUGGACUCCUACUACAGGACUCUCGGUGGCUUCCAGGUGCUGCUGGAGAAGGAGUGGAUCGGCUUCGGACACAAGUUCGCCUCAAGAAUCGGCCAUGGAGACAAAAACCAUGCAGAUCAGGACCGGUCACCUAUCUUUUUGCAAUUUAUUGACUGCGUGUGGCAAAUGACUAAACAGUUCCCAACAGCGUUUGAGUUUAAUGAACGUCUCCUGGUAGUAAUCUUGGAUCACCUGUACAGCUGCCGCUUUGGCACGUUCCUCUACAACUGUGAGAGCGCUCGUGAAAGCAAUAAUGUUCGGGUGAAGACGGUGUCUCUGUGGUCUUUGAUCAACAGUGACACAUCCUUGUAUAUAAACCCCUUCUACACACCAGAGUCAAGUCGCGUGCUUUACCCUGUAGCCAGCAUGCGCCACCUAGAGCUGUGGGUGACCUAUUACAUCCGGUGGAACCCUCGCAUACAGCACCAGCAACAGAGUCCCGUGGAGCAGCGCUAUAAGGAGCUACUGGCGUUGAGGGAUCAGUACCUGAAGAAACUGGAGGAGCUACAGCUCUCAGACUCCGCCCCUUCCUCCACCCACUUGACAAACAGCUCCACCCCCAAUGCUGCCACGCCCAAUCAGCACAUCACACACUUACAAACACCGUUUUGAUCACACUCGCAACCUGUUACAGACAUUGGACAUUUGUACAUAGCAAUAGUGAUAAUUAUGGUAACACGAUUAGUAGUGAUGUCGACGAUAAGAGUAACAAACCAAUUAUGCAAUAAACCACAGUACGGCCUUCAUUGCGCAAAAAAACAAACAAGUUAAACGAAAAGAGAAGCCUUAAAGUGACAGUGCUGUUUUUUCGUGCCGUAUACCAUGGACGAAAGUAAGUCAAAUAGUGUGUGUGUGUGUGUGUGUGUGUGCCAGAAACCACUUGGAUACUGUUUGGAAUGGUCAAAUGACGAAUGAAAGCGAUCAAGUCAGACGGACGUAUGUGAUAUGUGUUGCAUUAUGUGUGUUAUCAGGGUUCUAAAGUGUCUAGAUCUGAGUGCAGAACAUUUCUGAAUGUUGAGCAGUGGUAAGAUUGUUUAAAAGGUGUUCAAAGAGUGCUGGUCUUGUUUACGGAGUUGUAAACUUUAGUCUACAUUGUGUCCAGUCAAUCUAGUGUCAAGCAGGGUCUUCAACCUUUGGUAGAGCAAUCAUUUCAUUGGUCACUAUGCGAGGUUUAACUGCUUGACU